AUGCUCCUCCUUACCCUGGAUCAGCAGGACCUGCUCGUCGAUCCAGCCCAGGAAGAAGGUCUCGGCCACCGCUGCCGUGACCUUCUUGUUCCAGAAGUGCUGCAUGUUCUCGGCUUUGAAGUCGGCGAAGAUUUCGUAGCCUAUGUGGUGGCGGGCGAGCUGCCGGGGCUGGGCUGGGGGUGCGGACCGGACGGGUCUGGCUCUAUCCCCCGCCGGCCCGUCGGCCGGGCCCAGCACGAUGGCCAAGGAGUGGGGCGCAAUCUGCAAAAACUUCUCCAUCUUCGAGGGCGCACGCGGACAGCGGGGCUCAGCGCAAACGCCACCACCCUCGGCUCCCCGAAACAGCCGCCGCGAACCUCGGUGACCACACGGGGACAGGGAGAGGAGCCUGCUGGACCCCAGGCUAUGGGGGUUACCUGCAGCUCGGGGCCACCCUGCGGGCACCGCUCAUUUUCCAGCGGCUGCACCCUUGCCUCCCCCGGCGCCCGGCGGCAGCUGCAAGGGGCGGAGACGCGGAGGGAGGCGGGCAGUUGCCGCCGAGUUCGGGUAACACCCAACUUCGGCCCCGGCAGCUGGGGUCCCGACGAGUCCAACGUAGGAAGUGGCCUCGGGACAUGCGUUUGAGUGGCGGGACUCUAGGCAAACGUGGAGGCCAAAGGGACGCACAGCCACACUUGGGAAGCAGUUUUCCAAGCCUGCGAGUCGCUCCUCCUCCCCACGCUCCUCCUCUGCCCCCACCUCCCACCUCCUGCUGGAACAAGUGGAUUCGCUGGCUGGUUGAGGUGUCCUUAAAAGUGGCUUUUGAAAAAACGUAGUCAACCACGAAAAAUUGCCAUCAGCCUCUCCACCCUUUCUCUCACUCCAUCGUGCACUGUAAAUCU